GAGUCAACUUCUCCCCCAAACCACGUUGGGGUCCACGCAACGUUUUUUUUUUUAUAAUUCCGUGACGAAACUUUUUGGUUAAGGAGGGGUGGGGUUUUGGGUGUUGGUUGUUGUUGUUGUUGGAUUGUUGUUGUUGGGUUGUUGGGUGUUGGUUGUGGCUCUCAUCGCUUGCGGUUCUCACAUCCACGGUCACUUCGCUUCUGUAGGCUCGGGCCGUGAGUCGGCUCCGCCUGAAGACGGUGGCGUGCCGAGCGACCGGAACGUCGCCAUCGGCUGUAGGUUACUCCGUACGCGUCUUCAUCAAAAGCACCGAAGGGUUAGCUCACCCCCGCCACCUCCACCGCCUCUCCGACGUCCGCGAUGUCCUCGCCGACGACCUCCGCCCGGCGCCGCCCCUCCGGCCCUCCACCACCACCACCACCACCACCACCGGCACCGGCACCGGCACCACCGCCGCUGCUUCUUCUGCUGCUCCUGACGGCCUCCGCGAUGCCCGCGGCUGCCCGGCCAUCGGACGGCGGCCUCCCCGCCGGCUGCUCCCGCCUCGCAUCCGACCGCAGCGCCGUCGAAUGCUCGAGGGCCUUCUCCGGCGACUCCGGCUUCAGCGACGACGAGCCCGCCGCCCUCAUCGGGAAGAUCUCCUUCGCGGACGCGGGCCUCGAACGCCUCGCCGACGGCGCCUUCGACGCCCUCCGGGAGCUGGGCGCCGUCGAUCUCGGGGGCCCGGCGGCCAACCGCUGGCGGUGCGACUGCGGCGUCUGGUACCUGCGCUCGUGGCUCGCCAAGCAGGCCGACCAGGGCCCUGGGCCGGGGGAGCGGUGCGCGUGGCCGCCGCGGCUGAGGGGCCGCGUGGUGGCCCUGCUGUCGACGGAGGAGGCCCUGCGCGGCUGCCUGCCGGCGUGCCCGGGCGCGCUGGCGUCCCAUGCGGGCCUCUACCUGUCCGCGGCCGCCCACGGGGCCCUCGUGCUGACGCUGGUCUACCUGGUGCACAAGCUGCGGAGACAGGUGCGGCAGAAUCUGGAGUACGACAUCUACCAGGAAGCCAAUGAGGAGAGUCCCUACGAGCUGGGCGAGACCUCGACGAGGAAGACGAAGACGAAGGGAGGUGGCGGAGGAGGUGGUGGUGGCGGCGGUGACGGUGACACCAGCGGCUAUGCCCCUGUGGGACCGCUGCGCAAGGAAGAGCAGUAUGCGGCGCUCGCACCGGCGGGCAAGGGCGGUGGUGGUGGCGGUGGAGGCGGUGGAGGCGGUGGCAAUGCGGGGCUGGCCAAACGCAAGGGGGUCAAGCAGCAGGGGCUCUAGCAAGGGGGUCGAGCAAAGGGAGGACCACCCAACCCCGUGUCCUGUCUGUCUGUCUGGCGUGGGUCUCUGUGUGGGUCUCUGUGUGGGUCUCUGUGUGGGGCUCUGUGUGGGGCUCUGUGGGUCUCUU